CAGGCUCCGACAGCCGGAAGUCCCGCCUGCCGAGUAGUCGUCGCUGCCGUCGCCGCCUCCGUUGUUGUUGUGGUCUCUUCUCCGACGUCCGCGGCUCAGAGAGCCGGCCCCGUCGCCUCCCGCCGCCAUGAAGUGGAUGUUUAAGGAGGACCACUCUCUGGAACACAGAUGCGUGGAAUCCGCGAAGAUCAGGGCGAAGUACCCCGACCGGGUUCCGGUGAUCGUGGAAAAAGUCUCAGGCUCUCAGAUUGUUGACAUUGACAAAAGGAAGUACUUGGUUCCUUCUGACAUCACCGUGGCUCAGUUCAUGUGGAUCAUCAGGAAAAGGAUUCAGCUUCCUUCUGAGAAGGCGAUCUUCCUGUUUGUGGACAAGACAGUCCCACAGUCCAGCCUAACUAUGGGACAGCUUUACGAGAAGGAAAAAGAUGAAGAUGGAUUCUUGUAUGUGGCCUACAGCGGAGAGAACACUUUUGGCUUCUGAGGGCCAAUGCUGGGCUAGGUGCACCGUUCCUGCUUGUGUAUCUUGUAAAUAACUGGCUGUUUUCAGUUACUCCACCAGAGCCUCUUCACAUAGACCUACUAGUGCAUUUGUAACUGGAUUUAUUUCUUAAUAUAUUGGAAAGUUUUGUUUCUUUAGAUUAGUAAAUUAUCAUACAGAGUUUUAUUUUCAGUUUUCUUUUUGUGCAUUGACCUCAUGGCUAUAUGCUUCAAGGAACCUGUCCUCUGGGAAUCAUAUUUAAUGAAGAUAUUUCCAUAAUGAAGGGGAGGUAGGUGUGGCAUUAAAGUGAAAAGGAGGGGUGAUGCAUUGUUCUGGAUUAUGUUCCAAGUGUUAGGUGGCUAAGUAUUAAAAGCCCCCAAGUGAAAUCCUUAGCAAUCAGAAUACACUUGCUUCACUAGAUUUUGCCAACUGCAAAUCAUGUUGGAUUAAGCUAAUCUGUUCUUCUUUCUGAGACUAUUAAGGUAAAUAAUUAACAAUAAAACUUCCUCUUAUAAAGGCA